AUGACCGUGGGCGACUCCUCCUCUUCCACCCACCACGAGCCGAUGGCGCCGCCCUUCAACUCGUUCACGAGCGCCAGCACGACCAACAGGGCGCUCACUCCCAACCGCCAGCUGGGCGAGCUGCUGCGCUCCAUCGACCCCAAGUACUGCUUCCACCCGGCCGUGGAGGAGCUGCUGCUGGACAUGGCGGCAGACUUCGUGAAGGACGUGGUGGACUUCUCCGGAAAACUGGCCAAGCACAGACGCUCCACGACGCUGGAGCCGCGCGACCUGCAGUUCUGCCUGGCCAAGAACUACGGCAUCUCGCUGGCCGGCGUGCUCCCUGCCACUGCGGGGGUGGGCUCAGGCUUGAGGCCGCUGGGCCAGGACCUGCUGGUGCGUGCACGGCCAGCCAAGAACUCGCUGCACAUGCACAGAAUGGCGCUGAAGCGCAAGUCGCUGCUGCACACCAAGACGAAGCUCAAGAACGCACACGCGUUGAAGGCCACUGAAGGCGGCAAGAAGGUGGUGCGCAAGGCCAGCGUCAGCAAGUAG